AUGGGUUCAGCACAGAUCGAUCUGGCACAAUUGCCUGCCAUGAAGAGUGACCCAAAGUUCAUCUUCUUCACAGACUUCGACGGCACAAUCACCCUCCAAGACUCCAAUGACUUCAUGACCGACAACAUUGGCUACGGCCGCGACAAGCGCCGCGCGGGCAACAUCGCCUGCCUCAACAACGAGAUCUCCUUCCGCGACUCCUUCCGCGACAUGAUGGACAGCGUCACAAAGCCCUACGACCAAUGUAUCCAGUACCUUGUCGACAACAUCAAGCUGGACCCUGGCUUCAAGGGCUUCUUCGAGUGGUCGCUGGAGAACAACAUCCCAGUCGUAGUGCUGAGCUCGGGCAUGGAGCCAGUCAUCAAGGCGCUUUUGGAGAAGCUGGUUGGACCAGAUGCAAGCAAGAUGCAAGUCCUGGGCAACCACGUCGGUCCACGGGAAGGCAAGAACAUCAAUGAGGAGGGUGGAUGGCAGAUCCUGUUCAAGCACCCAGAGUCUGGCUUCGGCCAUGACAAGUCCAUUGAACUGCGAAAGUACUCGAGCCUGCCCGAGAACCUCCGUCCAACAAUGUUCUACGCCGGUGACGGUGUAUCCGAUCUCUCUGCAGCACGCGAGACCGAUUUGCUCUUCGCCAAGAAGGGUCACGACCUGAUCAGCUACUGCGCGCGCGAGGAUGUGCCGUUCACGGUCUUCGAGGAUUGGUCCAACAUCCUGGCUAAGUGCAAGAGCAUCGUUGAGGGAAAGACCACUGUCCAAGCGGCCGCCAAGGAAGGCUACGAGGCGUACAAGAGCGGCGCUGCUGGCAUCGACGUUCAGACAGCGAAAUAA